UACUUCUAGAUGAGGCUUUAAAAAUGAUGAAGCAAAGUGAAACAAUGAGCGUAGGAAGUUGGAUUGAUUUAAUGAGCGGUGAAACUUGGAAUGUAUUAAAGAUUGGAUACCAAUUAAAACAAGUACGAGAACGUUUAGCAAAAGGUUUGGUAGAUAAAGGUAUUCUAAGAACUGAAAAGCGAAAUUUUUUGCUUUUCGAUAUGGCUACACAUCCCGUUAGUGACUCCUCCGCUAAAGAUGAAAUAGUAAAAAGAGUCAUUAAAACUUUGACUCAUGUUAAUUCUUCUGCAAUAUCAUCAGAUCCUGAUAUACCUUUCAGUCAAUUACGUACUGUCGCCAUGGUAUGUGCUGCUUAUGCUGCAAAUGUUUUGGAGAAUGCUUUGGUACAAUUGUCUCAUGAGAUGAGAGAGAGAGCAUAUACAAAGGUUGAUGAAUUAUUAAGUGAAUAUUCAUCUUGGCCUUUUUCAAAAAAAGUUAAAGUAGAAAUUCCAGAAGGAAAAGAUUUACAAAUAGAGGUGGUAGCAGCUGUCUUGAAUGUUUUCACAAAGAUGGAUAGUAUCUUGUAA